CUCCUCAACUUAGUUAACUAUAACUAGUAUAAAUGCCACACAAUAAGUUGAUGCUAUAUCAUCAACUUCUCCUUGCAUGUCUAGAACAUUCAAUCAGUACUUCUGUUCAUUGAAGAACAUGAGUUCCAUGGAGGGAAGCACUGGGAAGUUUCCAGAGCCUGCAGGAGGGGGCACCGGAGCCAGCAGUGUGAAGACGUCGUGGCCAGAGGUCGUCGGGAUGUCUGUUGAGAAGGCCAAGGAGAUCAUACUCAGGGACAAGCCUGAUGCUGAGAUAGAGGUCCUGCCAGUCGAUGCGUGGGUGACCCAGGACUUAAGGCCCGACCGUGUCCAAAUCUUCGUCGCUGUUGCCGACACCCCUACGGUUGGUUAGCUAGCUUAUCAGGCAUGAAUCAUUCAUAAUUAUGUAACAGAGAAUAAAGAUAUCUGGCGCAUCGGGGAUGUACUUUCUCUUAGAUAAUCAUUUAAAUGAAGGAAUAAAGGCAUACUGGGCAUGAGCGAAUCAUGCCCAAGUUCAGCCUUCAGUGUAUUCAUCCA